AUGCCCCAGAGACUUUAUAGAAAAGAGAUUAUAAAGGGCCUAUUUCAACUUGGAUUUUAUGAAAAUCAGAUCAGGAAUCAGGAUGACAACCAAGUGGAUUUGCCUGCCCUCAUCAGAACUGAGUCAUCAAUUGCGACAGUUACUAAGGAGAUGGAAUAUCAAGGUAAUAACAAAGAAGAUACAAUACUUUUCACCAGUCUGCCGACGCAACACGAGAAGGCGGGCAAACUUGAUUGUUGGGGAGUUUAUUUCAUCAAAUGCAGCAACUGUAAGCAGAAGCAUAUCGGUGAAACAGGAAGAAAAAUCGGCCUACGAAUCAAGGAACAUCAAAGAAUGCAGGAGCAUGGACACUGA